AUGGGAAUUUCAGUUGCUAAGCCUACCAGAAAUAUUUUGGAAACAAAGCAUACAAAUCAAAUUGAGAACUAAAUUGAAAUACUCGACUCUGAAAACUUUGAUGCAGAUAACUAAACUAUGUCCCCAAUUGAAUAUAUUACGAAUGAAUAACAACGUUCUUCUUCAAACAUCACAGGCAUAUAUGCUCGUAGAAAUUAAAGAAGAAGAAAUGGUAUAAUUGUAGCCAAAACCUCCUAAAUAGAUGAUGAAAUAGAAUUUUAAGAUGAAAAUUGA